CACACAUCUGCCAGCACCGAGCUCCCCAGCGGCUAUUUUCAGCGGCGCGCCUUCCCUCACCCGCACCCCCAGCUCGGCCUAUCAGCGUGCCACGAGGCCAUGUGAAGGGCAGAACGCUCUCAGAGCAUGAACCUGCAGGCGUAGACGUCCGUGCGAAGCGCUCAUCCACCUAUCUAUCCAACCAUACCCGCACUCGCCUUGCUGUACUUCUUCUCUCCCCAGCUGGACUCCAAACAUCACUACUGUACUCUCCCCUAAUCCAACCUUUUGCGCCUUACCUGCCACCGAAGAGCUGGCCUCUUGUUUCUUUCUGCGGUUCUAGAGGCAUCGCAUCGCAUCGCAUUCAGCCGCCUCAUCUUACGUCUCACGCUCUGCAAACCCUGGUCUGGUCUCUGACAGCAUGUCAGACAGUCACAAGAAAGAAGUACAAUUCGCAGUACGCGAACGAUCAGCCUCCGCAGAUUCGCAAGCCACCUCGCACUCAACACUUUCUGGCAACGCGCCUUCGUUGAAGUCACCUCGCACAGCACGCUUCGCCGAAGCGACAGCAGUCAACUCACCCAUCGAGCCCAAGCCUGCGUCGAAUCCUUUCAAGGAACCAGCCCCGCAACACUUCAUGGCCCAACCUCAAGUCUCCGAUGUUGGCUUCGGCUACGUCAACAAGCAUAACUCCGUCGAGAUGCCCAACACAGAUUACGAGCCUCCGGUGACAGCACGGGAGAUGCCCAAGUCACCACUCAAGAGCGCCAUGAAGACACCCGGUGCCCCGCCUCGAGAUCUACACAAUAUCCUCAGCCCGACCUUUAAGCCUGAAGAGGUCCUGGAGAAGCACGAAAAGUUCACAGAGAAGGAGCAAGCAAAAGACCUUAAAGUCAAAGCGAGAGUGCGAAUAGCAAAGUUCUUGCUGAGAGGCGUGAACUUCUCUUGUUCACUUAUCGUCAUUGCCAUGCUUGCAUCGACCUUUGCCAUAUUCAACGCUACGAAAGCCCUACCACCACGGAACAACUUACCUCCUUGGGCCGAGAACCAGAAAACAUGGCCCCAGAUCCUCCUGCUCUCUAUCGCAUGUGUCUCCCUGUUUGCAUGCAUGGUCAUCUUCUAUGGAUACUGGAGAGGAGGGCAUAGGCGAGCCGAGAAGGCAGCGGUAUACUACACUGCAUUCGCGGUAGUCUUCUUCAUCUUCAGCAUCGUAAUGUGGGGUGUCGGAGCCGCAGUGAUCCAGGCCCAGAAGAACAACAGCAAUAAUAAAGAUAUGUGGGGAUGGUCCUGCGUCAACAAUCAGCGAAGAUCACUUUUCGAGAACGAUGUCAGCUACCAACUCAUUUGCCGACUGCAGAACUGGUCACUGGUCUGCGCGAUCAUCGAAAUCGUCGUCGAGCUCAUCACCAUCUCCGUGUAUGGUAUUGUCUUCUGGCGAUUCUACUCGAAGCGACAACUACGGAAGUCCAUGGCUGCUCGCGAUCGUGCAAGAAGCGACCUCUACCUCGCCCAACUCCGUUCCCAGUCAGCACCCAACACACCCGCACCAUUCAGCGCUCGCGAUGGAGGAUGGAGACCGCCGCAGGGCGACGAGUACCAGCACGCCAGCGCGCUCGAGGAUGGCCAUCCUGGCGCGCAGUACGUUGACGCAGACCGCAAAGCGCAACCUUCGGCAUUCAGGUUACAAGCACCUCCCAUCAAGGUCACAAACGCAACACCCAAGAUGGCACAGAUGGGCUUCUCGCCUGUAACGACAACAACGCGAGAACGAACGCCUUCGCCUCCGGCACACGUCGAUCAGCGGAGCCCGCUCAUGGCUGAAGCUCCUCGGGAGGUGCAACAGGAGCAUUUCGCAGCGGCACCUGGAGAGCAAGUCUACGAUUCUGUGCCAAUACCUGGAGCUUAUGAGGCGCCUCUGAGUCCUGGGUACGAACACAGGCAGAUGAAUUUUCCUCGAUGAGAAAGAUCUAUGUUUUCUGUACAGCAAUUUUGAGAUUGUGACCCCCCACGAAAUUAUGCUUGAUCCGAUCUACAGCAUGGACGACGAGGCGUUCCAAGAGACAGACAAUUUUUUUGGCUUUUUAAUGAUACCUCCACAGUUAUCGUUUUUUUAUCAUGUGCAAAAACAACUCGCAAAAGGUUGAAG